AUGGCCUCACCCGUCCCUCAAUCCGUUCAAUGCUUCGGCAAGAAGAAGACCGCUACCGCCGUCGCCCACUGCAAGGCCGGUCGUGGACUCGUCAAGGUUAACGGAUCCCCCAUCAACCUUGUCAAGCCCGAGAUCCUCCGCUUCAAGGUCUACGAGCCCCUCCUCGUCGUCGGUCUCGAAAAGUUCGCCAACGUCGACAUCCGUGUCCGCGUCACCGGAGGAGGUCACACUUCCCAGAUCUAUGCCAUCCGUCAGGCCAUCGCCAAGUCCAUCGUCGCCUACUACCAGAAGUUCGUCGAUGAGCACUCAAAGAACCAGAUCAAGCAGCAAUUGAUUGCCUACGACCGUUCGCUGCUCGUUGCCGACAACAGACGAUGCGAGCCCAAGAAGUUCGGAGGUCCAGGUGCCAGAGCAAGAUACCAGAAAUCUUACCGUUAA